AUGGGGCCUGAUUCUAUUGAGAAGCUGUUCUCUUCUCUUGCGAAGGAGGACGAGAAAAUUACCAAAGACCUGCGCGAUGCCGUGCCUCUGAGUAUUAGUGUAGAUGACGAGCAGCGAUUUCUCAAUGCCACCAACUGUUGGAUUUGCGAGCAGCAGCUAGACGAUGACCGUGUACGAGAUCACGAUCAUGUGACCGGGAGGUUCCGUGGUGCAGCUCACAGCGAGUGUAACCUGAAGUUGCAAAUCCAUCCUGCACACCAGGUCGUUCCUGUGUUCUUCCACAAUCUGAAGGGUUACGAUGCUCACCUCCUGAUCUCGCACAUCGGUCUUACACCUGUUACUGUGGUAACCGUUACUGAUGACAAGAACAGGAAAAGAAAAAGGAAGGUGGGUGGCAUCGAGGUGAUCGCCACUAACAUGGAGAGAUACAUCUCCUUUAAGUGGACACGCUUCAAGUUCGUUGACAGCAUUGCCUUUCUGAACUCAUCGCUGGACAGACUGGCAGGCAACACGCCCGACGAAGCGUUUCAGCAUCUGCGCUCGCUCUUGUCUAAGCUUCGUACAUCGCCCACCGCUCCUGCUGUUGCCUCUGCUGAAACUCCUGCUCCUGCUUCUACCGCUACUGCCACCGCUACUGCUGCUCCUGCUCCAGCCGCUGAUAUGCCUGACGAUGCGUUGUUCCAACUGUUGAGAAGGAAGGGCGUGUACCCUUAUGAGUACAUGGAUUCCAUGGACCGGUUUUCUGAAACCUCCCUACCUCCCAGAGCUGAGUUCCACUCGAGCCUCUCCAACAGCAGCGUUAGUGAAGCUGACUAUGCACAUGGACAGCGUGUGUGGCAGACGUUCGACUGCCAUAAUCUCGGCGAUUACCACGAUCUCUACCUCCAAACUGAUGUGAACCUGCUCGCUGAUAUCUUUGAAAACUUCCGUCGCACUGCCAUGAGAAUAUAUGGACUGGAUCCUGCACACUACCUAACUCUACCUGGAUUCGCCUGGGACGCCCUUCUAAAAAUGACGCGUGUUUCUCUGACUCUUCUGAGCGACAACGACAUGCAUCUAUUCCUAGAACGUGGUCUUCGCGGCGGUGUCUCCAUGGCCGCCACACGUCACUGCAGAGCCAACAACAAGCACAUGACCGAGUUUAAUCAGGAUCAACCCAGCAGCUACAUCCAAUACCUCGACGCCAACAAUCUAUACGGUUGGGCAAUGUGCCAGCGUCUUCCCAUAACGGACUUCAAGUGGUGUGACCUUGCUCCCGGUGUGAUAGAAAGUGUGCUGAACACCAGCGAUGAGUCGGAACAAGGCUACAUGGUUGAGUGUGAUCUCUCCGUUCCUGCUGACCGCCACCACCAUCUAAACGACUAUCCGCCCGCACCGGAGAAGAUGUCGAUCGACGAGAGCAUGCUGUCACCAUAUCAACUUGAGCUCCGUGAAUCCGUACCAGUCAGCGGCCUUACUGCCUCCAAACUCGUGCCCAAUCUCCUGCCCAAGUCUCACUACGUGCUGCACUACAGAAACCUCAAGCUCUAUCUGCGUCUGGGUCUGAAACUGGAUGCAGUUCAUCGGAUUCUCAGAUUCAAGCAAGAAGCCUGGAUGCAGCCUUACAUCAUGGCUAAUACCGAGCUGCGCAAGGCUGCGCAGAACGAGUUUGAACGCGACUUUUUCAAACUUAUGAAUAAUGCUGUGUUUGGAAAAACCAUGGAGAAUGUGCGCCGCCGAGUAGGAAUUCGCCUGCUCCGUGCAGGGUCCGAGGAAAGAGAAAUCGUGAGAGCUAUCAGCAAGCCCACAUUUGUGAGAUAUGUCGCAUUUGACAACGAGUUGAUCGCGGUAGAGAACCGCAAGAAGCAAGUAAGCCUUAACAAGCCCGUCUACGUGGGAAUGGCCGUGCUUGAUCUGAGCAAGGAGUUGAUGUAUAGCUUCUUCUACGAUCAGCUGAAGGUCAAGUACGGCGACAGGGUGCGACUACUGUACACAGACACGGACUCGCUGAUACUGAAUUUCCUCACCGACGAUCUGUACGAGGACAUGAAAGCUGAUCUCCACGAGCUCUACGACACGAGCAACUAUCCAGCAGGCCACCCGCUACGUUCGGAUCGUAACAAGAAAGUGGUGGGCAAAAUGAAGGACGAGCUCGGCGGCAAGCUCAUGACCGAGUUUGUUGGCCUGAGAUCGAAAGUAUAUUGUUUCGACGGUGAGGCGAGUGGACGUCGUGCUAAAGGCGUAAAGAAGAACGUCACCCAUGCUCUGACCACUGCCGAUUACAGACAGUGCCUGCUGGAGAAGACAGCCAGCUCGCGGGAGAUGACCAACCUGCGCAGUCAUGAGCACCGGAUCUACACAGAGACGACGACCAAGCUGGCUCUCUCUCCUUUCGACAGCAAACGCUAUAUAUUAGCAGACGGUUUCUCCACUCUGGCGUUUGGCCAUCGUGAUAUUCCGCAGUCAAAGUGA